GGAAAAUCAACAAAUUGGGUGUAUUUGAUGGGCUUCUAUCUGAACCUGACAUAUUCAUAGAGAAUGAAAAUUUAGGGGUAGACAACUUUCAUGGUACAUCUAUAGAGAAUGGAAACUUGAGAGUAAACAACUCACAUGAAUCAUCUUUAGUCUUAUAUGAUACAGUUUUAUUAUAUGUUAAUAACCUUUCUAUGGAUGAUUGGUUAAUGCAGUUAUGA